AUGAGAAAAGAAACGCUACAGGAACAGGAAGUGAACCCAAACAUCACGUCCUUCUCACCCUCUCCCUCGCAAAACCAAAAAACCGCAGCCACACUCGUCAAACUCACCAAAGAGACCCCUAAGUCCACUCCGAAAGCCCUAAGCCCAAUUGCAGCCAAUCAGACACAUCCAGCCCCCUCGACCCUCCUCAAGCCUCCAACAGCCACGCUCAUCAAACUCACCAAAGAGACCCCUAAGCCCACUCCGAAAGCCCUAAACCCAACUGCAGCCAAUCAGACACAUCCAGCCCCCUCGACCCCCCUCAAGCCUCCAACAGCCACGACGUUUCGUCAUAACUCACCAAAGAGACCCCUAAAACCCACUCCGAAAGCCCUACGCCACUGGCCAAAGCCAAUCAGACACAUCCAGCCCCUUGAUCCCUCUCAACAGAGCCUCCAACACCAUGCUCGUCAAACUCACUCAAAGAGACCCAUAAGCCCCACUCCGACAGCCCUAAGAAGCCCAAUUGCAGCCAAUCAGACACACCUCCAUCCCCUCGACCCCCCUCAAGCCUCCAACAGCCACGCUCGUCAAAAACGUCUCAAAGAGAACCCCCUAAAACCUACUCCGAAAGCCCUACGCCCACUGCAGCCAAUCAGACACAUCCAGCCCCUUCGAACCCCCCUCAAGCCUCCAACAGCCACGUUUCGUCAAACUCACCAAAAGAGCCCCCUAAGCCCCUAGCCCACUCCGAAAGAAGCCCUAAGCCCACUGCAACAGCCAAUCAGACACAUCCACCAGCCUCCAGCCCCCCCCCCCUCGACCCCCCUCAAACCCCCCUCAGCCCCCUCGACCCUUCCUCAAGCCUCCAACAGCCCCGCUCAUCAAACUCACCAAAGAGACCCCCUAAGCCCACUCCGAAAGCCCCUAAACCCCAACUCAGCCAAUCAGACACAUCCAGCCCCCCUCGACCCCCUCAAGCCUCCAACAGCCACGCUCGUCAAACUCAUCAAAGAGACCCCUAAGCCCACUCCGAAAGCCCUAAGCCCAACUGCAGCCAAUCAGACACAUCCAGCCCCCUCGACCCCCCUCAAGCCUCCAACAGCCACGCUUGUCAAACUCACCAAAGAGACCCCUAAACCCACUCCGAAAGCCCUAAGCCUAACUGCAGCCAAUCAGACACAUCCAGUCCCCUCGACCCCCCUCAAGCCUCCAACAGCCAAGCUCGUCAAACUCACCAAAGAGACCCCUAAACCCACUCCGAAAGCCCUAAGCCCAACUGCAGCCAAUCAGACACAUCCAGCCCCCUCGACCCCCCUCAAGCCUCCAACAGCCACGUUCGUCAAACUCAUCAAAGAGACCCCUAAGCCCACUCCGAAAGCCCUAAGCCCAACUGCAGCCAAUCAGACACAUCCAGCCCCCUCGACCCCCCUCAAGCCUCCAACAGCCAAGCUCGUCAAACUCACCAAAGAGACCCCUAAGCCCACUCCGAAAGUCCCUAAGCCCAACCGAAGCCAAUCAGAUUCUCCCAGCCCCUUCGACCCCCCUCAAGCCUCCCUAAAGCCAGCGGUCCAAAGACCACCACCAAAAACAAACCCUCCCCCACACCGUCCACACCCCAACCCCAUCAAAGUGCUCAUCACUUCUGACUCUGGCUGCAUCAGCAAGGACACCCAGAGUGACGUUAGCAACCGCACCAAGGAGCAGCCCCAGCCCCAGACCCAGACCCAUGAGCUGAAGCUGAAGCCUGGCUCACCUCUAAUCCUGACCCACCGCAUCAGUCUGGUUCCUACCUCCUGCACCGGGGGAUGUGUGGCCGAGAUGGCAGCACUGAAAGGACGCGUUGGCAGGCUGGAGAAAGAGAUGUCCCUCAUGAAGAGUAAAUGUACGACUGGUCUUAUUUAGUUACACAUAACCGUAACCUCCUAGUUGCAAACCUCAUGAAAGAUUGUCCAUGAGGCUAGUUUGAAUGAAAUCCAGAAUAGUUCACAUUUGAUCUUUCGAUGUUUGCCCUGUCUGGUUUCAUACUGUAUACUCUCUUCCCUUUCCUACCAGGUGCUUCCUGCUCCAAAGGCCCCUGUCCCAAUGACUGCAGUGCGAAUGGGAAAUGUGAGAAGGGAAAGUGCGUCUGCCUCCCAGGGUUCCUUGGUCCAGACUGCACUAAAAGUCAGUUACUGUGGCUUCUUCAUCUGAUCUGACUUGUCUUCUUUGAUCUGAUUUUAUUUAUUGCAAUUCAGCUAGAGACAUACUAGCACCUCAUAAUCUAAGGUUCACUUCCAGUAGCUACACAAGCACACCACUUAGAAUGCAUGCCCAAUAUAAACUCAGCAAACAAAGAAACAUUCCCUUUUUCAGGAACCUGUCUUUCAAAGAUAAUUCGUAAAAAUCCAAAUAACUUCACAGAUCUUUAUUGUAAAGGGUUUAAACACUGUUUCCCAUGAUUGUUCAAUGAACCAUAAACAAUUAAUGAAUAUGCACCUGUGGAACGGUCGUUAAGACACUAACAGCUUACAGACGUUAGGCAAUUAAGGUCACAGUUAUCAAAACUUAGGACACUAAAGAGGCCUUUCUACUGACUCUGAAAAACACCAAAAGAAAGAUGCCCAGGGUCCCUGCUCAUCUGCGUGAACGUGCGUAGGCAAGCUGCAAACAGGCAUGAGGACUGCAGAUGUGGCCAGGGCAAUAAAUUGCAAUGUCCGUACUGUGAGACGCCUAAGACAGCGCUACAGGGAGACAGGACGGACAGCUGAUCGUCCUCGCAGUGGCAGACCACGUGUAACAACACCUGCACAGGAUCGGUACAUCUGAACAGCACACCUGCGGGACAGGUACAGGAUGGCAACAACAACUGCCCGAGUUACACAAGGAAAGCACAAUCCCUCCUAUCAGUGCUCAGACUGUCCGCAAUAGGCUGAGAGAGGCUGGACUGAGGGCUUGUAGGCCUGUUGUAAGGCAGGUCCUCACCAGACAUCACCAGCAACAAUGUCGCCUAUGGGCACAAACCCACCGUCGAUGGACCAGACAGGACUGGCAAAAAGUGCUCUUCACUGACGAGUCGCGGUUUUGUCUCACCAGGGGUGAUGGUCAGAUUCGCGUUUAUCGUCGAAGGAAUGAGCGUUACAUCGAGGCCUGUACUCUGGAGCGGGAUCAAUUUGCAGGUGGAGGGUCCGUCAUGGUCUGGGGCGGUGUGUCACAGCAUCAUCGGACUGAGCUUGCUGUCAAUGCAGGCAAUCUCAAGGCAGUGCGUUACAGGGAAGACAUCCUCCUACCUUAUGUGGUACCCUUCCUGCAGGCUCAUCCUGACAUGACACCUCCAGCAUGACAAUGCCACCAGCCAUACUGCUUGUUCUGUGCGUGAUUUCCUGCAAGACAGGAAUGUCAGUGUUCUGCCAUGGCCAGCGAAGAGCCCGGAUCUCAAUCCCAAUGAGCACGUCUGGGACCUGUUGGAUCGGAGGGUGAGGGCUAGGGCCAUUCCCCCCAGAAAUGUCUGGGAACUUGCAGGUGCCUUGGUGGAAGAGUGGGGUAACAUCUCACAGCAGGAACUGGCAAAUCUGGUGCAGUCCAUGAGGAGGAGAUGCACUGCAGUACUUAAUGCACCAGAUACUGACUGUUACUUUUUUGACCCCCCCUUUGUUCAGGGACACAUUAUUCUAUUUAUGUUAGUCACAUGUCUGUGGAACUUGUUCAGUUUAUGUCUCAGUUGUUGAAUGUUGUUAUGUUCAUACAAAUAUUUACACGUUAGAUUUGCUGAAAAUAAACACAGUUGACAGUGAGAGGACAUUCAUUUUUUUGCUGAGUUUACAUUGCUUCAUUCUAAGUGGUAUGCUAGUGUGGUUAUUGGAACAACUCUUUUUUUCUCUAAUCUCCAGAAGGUACCAAAGACAAAAUCCAGAUAACAGCGGAGACGGUGGCGUUGAAGGUAUCACCUGAGAGCAAUGCUAUCAAGGAGAGUCUGCAGGGGAAGAAGACCAUAGCAGACCAAACCAUCUUCCAGAAGAAAACGGAGCAAAAGAAACCUACAGCCGCCAAAGAGGGUGGUGACAUCAAAAGCAAAACGAAAGUGACCACAAGUGUAAAAACAGGCCUCACCAAGACACCAGCCAAACAGGGGGUUACUGUCACUAAAACCAAAAAAAAGUCUCCACCCGCUCCAAUGCUACCAAGAUUGGACUGGUCCGACCAACCGUCGGACAGGUUCUGUUGAAACACCAUGGAGGAAGAAAGCAAGAGAGCAAAGGCAAAACGACAGUUCUAAAGAAGCAGUCCAAACCUGACCUGAAGUUGAAAGCAACAGUUAAGGAAGAAUCUGCAGGUAAAGCCAAAUGCUAAAGCUGGCAACCUCCAAGACCAGCCACAAGCCAAUGUCACCCUAAGCACUGUGAAGACGUCUGUGAACAAAACCCGGUCAGGAAAAGAGACUCUGGAGCAGUCGACGUUGGCUGAGAAGAAUGUGACUCUAACAUCUGGAAAGAAAACAGUGAAAAAGGUGAAAUUAGUUCAGGGGACUAUGAACAUUACAAAGGUGUCAUUGGCUAUUGAUAGCACUAAGGCUGGGACGGGCAAGAUCACCCUUACAAAGGGCAAUAAGACAGAGGCUGACAUCUCCUCAGGCACAUCUAAAACUACUGUGAAGACAGGCUCAGGCAAAGGGAAGCCAGUCCCACACAAGAGUCAGUAUCUUGUGAACGUGACCACUGUGGAGACCACCUCUGAAGUCAAAGUCCUCAGCAACAGGACAACAAUAAUCCAGUGUUUCAAAGACACCACCAAGAAAGCAGGAACAGGAGUCGGCAGCGGACUUGGCUCUGUGAAGGUUCAGAACAUCACCACGUACGGCUUCACCCUCACAUGGUCGGCCCCGACAGCCAUGUUCAAGAACUUCACCUUGUCCAGAAGAGAGCACAGGGCCGAGGGCGAGGAAGAGGAGGAGGAAGAGGCGGAGGAGGCAGCUGCUGUUGGGGGAGAGGACAGAGUAGCCGCAGUCGUCAACACCACCAUUGAGAUCCAAAAACAGAGUGAGAGCACUAAUGGAACCAUCACUUUCCCCACUAAAGCUCCCGGUAGCUCCAGAGGUAAAGCUCACACAAAGAGGGUUUCCAUUGUUCUCCCUGGCAGCGUUCGCUCUGUGGAGUUCAGUAACCUGCGACCUCAGACCCACUACUCCCUGCACAUAUUCGGCACCACUCCCGGAUCCCGCUCCAAGAUUCACAGAGUAACCGCCACGACAGGUAAUUAGGAGAACCAAACCCACAUAGAGACUUAUUCAUAAAAUCUGACCAUAACUUUUGAUGAAUAACCCCUAUAGUAAAUGUAUAUUUUCACUCAAUGUGUUUGUUCAUGUAUUGGAUAGUCUGCAUGUCUCUCUUUCAAUUUAAACUGUGGCUGCACUAAAUCAUCACUUGUCUCUAGACAGAAUAUCCCAUUGUAUCUAUAUUUUCUAUACUUCAAAUCUACUGUGACUUUAGUGACUUUUUAACCUUUUCCUUCACACUAAAGGGCAAUUCCACCACUUUUCAAACCUCAUUUUCAUUAUCUCCAGCAACAGUAUCUACAUAUGUGAAAACGGCGCAUUUCCACGUUUUGUAGAAAAAUAAUAUAAAGAACAAAAUUCUACCUGAUGUCAUCAUCAAAAGUUAAAACAUUUAAAAAACACUAUGACAUUCGCCGUGACGUGGGGAGCAAGAAAAUACCCUCCCUCUGGCUAGAAACUCGUUUUGAAAAUCGCAGUUUUUCUUACUUUUAAUUCAACCCUGUGAUGUCACAGAGAAGCAGUUUUUAGGACCGUUCUUCUUAUCUUUUUAACACACAGAUCAUAGAAACGCGCUGUUUUCACAUAUGUAGACAUUGGUGUGGUGCUGGAGAUAAUGAAUAUGAGGUUCCUUUAAAGAUCCUCUUCUGACCUCUCCACUUCCUUAUUCCUUUACUCCCCAUGCAGGGCCUGAGCCACCUACCGAGCUGCUGUUCAGUAACAUGACAGAGGCCUCUCUUUCUGUGUCCUGGUCCAAACCAAAGAGCACACUCUCCGGCUUCAAAAUCACAUACACUCACUCGGUCACGGGUAAGUUACUGGGGGGUAAGUUACGGGGGGGGGGGGGGGGGGGGACCCUACUGUAAGUGACAAGGUGAUGAAGCUUUGAACACUUAAGAAAAUAGUUUAUUCACAACCCUUUUGUCAGCUGUUCAGCCAAAAGACCUUCGUCCUCCCCAAACACUGACACUGUUUCAGUGUAAAUCAUAGCCGGUGUCCCAAAUGGCACACUAUUCCCUAUAUAAUGCACUACAUUUGACAUACAGGGAAUAGGGUGCCAUUUGGGACGCAGACAUGGUGCACAGGAGAGAGUGGUUCUGUGUCUGUCCCUCAUCAUGACAGGAGAGAGUGGUUCUGUGUCUGUCUCUCAUUAUGACAGGAGAGAGUGGUUCUGUUUCUGUCUCUCAUCAUGACAGGAGAGAGUGGUUCUGUGUCUGUCUCUCAUUAUGACAGGAGAGAGUGGUUCUGUUUCUGUCUCUCAUCAUGACAGGAGAGAGUGGUUCUGUGUCUGUCUCUCAUCAUGACAGGAGAGAGUGGUUCUGUGUCUGUCUCUAAUCAUGACUGGAGAGAGUGGUUCUGGUCUGUCUCUCAUCAUGACAGAAGAGAGUGGUUCUGUGUCUGUCUCUAAUCAUGACUGGAGAGAGUGGUUCUGUGUCUUUGUCUCAUCAUGACAGGAGAGAGUGGUUCUGUGUCUGUCUGUCUGUCUGUCAUGACAGGAGAGAGUGGUUCUGUGUCUGUCUCUCAUCAUGACAGGAGAGAGUGGUUCUGUGUCUGUCCCUCAUCAUGACAGGAGAGAGUGGUUCUGUGUCUGUCAUCAUGACAGGAGAGAGUGGUUCUGUGUCUGUCUCUCAUUAUGACAGGAGAGAGUGGUUCUGUGUCUGUCUCUCAUCAUGACAGGAGAGAGUGGUUCUGUGUCUGUUUCUCAUCAUGACAGGAGAGAGUGGUUCUGUUUCUGUCUCUCAUCAUGACAGGAGAGAGUGGUUCUGUGUCUGUCUCUCAUUAUGACAGGAGAGAGUGGUUCUGUGUCUGUCUCUAAUCAUGACAGGAGAGAGUGGUUCUGGUCUGUCUCUCAUCAUGACAGAAGAGAGUGGUUCUGUGUCUGUCUCUCAUCAUGACAGAAGAGAGUGGUUCUGUGUCUGUCUCUCAUCAUGACAGGAGAGAGUGGUUCUGUGUCUGUUUCUCGUCAUGACAGGAGAGAGUGGUUCAGUUUCUGUCUCUCAUCAUGACAGGAGAGAGUGGUUCUGUGUCUGUCUCUCAUUAUGACAGGAGAGAGUGGUUCUGUGUCUGUCUCUAAUCAUGACAGGAGAGAGUGGUUCUGGUCUGUCUCUCAUCAUGACAGAAGAGAGUGGUUCUGUGUCCUGUCUCUCAUCAUGACAGAAGAGAGUGGGUUCUGUGUCUGUCUCUCAUCAUGACAGGAGAGAGUGGUAUGUGUCUGUCUCUCAUCAUGACAGGAGAGAGUGGUUCUGUGUCUGUCUCUAAUCAUGACUGGAGAGAGUGGUUCUGGUCUGUCUCUCAUCAUGACAGAAGAGAGUGGUUCUGUGUCUGUCUCUAAUCAUGACUGGAGAGAGUGGUUCUGUGUCUUUGUCUCAUCAUGACAGGAGAGAGUGGUUCUGUGUCUGUCUGUCUGUCUGUCAUGACAGGAGAGAGUGGUUCUGUGUCUGUCUCUCAUCAUACAGGAGAGAGUGGUUCUGUGUCUGUCUCUCAUCAUGACAGGAGAGAGUGGUUCUGUGUCUGUCUCUCAUCAUGACAGGAGAGAGUGGUUCUGUGUCUGUCCCUCAUCAUGACAGGAGAGAGUGGUUCUGUGUCUGUCUCUCAUCAUGACAGGAGAGAGUGGUUCUGUGUCUGUCUCACAUCAUGACAGGAGAGAGUGGUUCUGUGUCUGUCUCUCAUCAUGACAGACAGAGUGGUUCUGUGUCUGUCUCUCAUCAUGACAGGAGAGAGUGGAUCUGUGUCUGUCUCUCAUCAUGACAGGAGAGAGUGGUUCUGUGUCUGUCUCUCAUCAUGACAAGAGAGAGUGGAUCUGUUUUCUGUCUCUUAUCAUGACAGGAGAGAGUGGUUCUGUGUCUGUCUCUCAUUAUGACAGGAGAGAGUGGUUCUGUGUCUGUCUCUAAUCAUGACAGGAGAGAGUGGUUCUGGUCUGUCUCUCAUCAUGACAGAAGAGAGUGGUUCUGUGUCUGUCUCUCAUCAUGACAGAAGAGAGUGGUUCUGUGUCUGUCUCUCAUCAUGACAGGAGAGAGUGGUUCUGUGUCUGUCUCUCAUCAUGACAGGAGAGAGUGGUUCUGUGUCUGUCUCUAAUCAUGACUGGAGAGAGUGGUUCUGGUCUGUCUCUAAUCAUGACUGGAGAGAGUGGUUCUGUGUCUUUGUCUCAUCAUGACAGGAGAGGGUGGUUCUGUGUCUGUCUGUCUGUCUGUCUGUCUGUCAUGACAGGAGAGAGUGGUUCUGUGUCUGUCUCUCAUCAUGACAGGAGAGAGUGGUUCUGUGUCUGUCCCUCAUCAUGACAGGAGAGAGUGGUUCUGUGUCUGUCAUCAUGACAGGAGAGAGUGGUUCUGUGUCUGUCUCUCAUCAUGACAGGAGAGAGUGGUUCUGUGUCUGUCUCUCAUUAUGACAGGAGAGAGUGGUUCUGUGUCUGUCUCUCAUCAUGACAGGAGAGAGUGGUUCUGUGUCUGUUUCUCAUCAUGACAGGAGAGAGUGGUUCUGUUUCUGUCUCUCAUCAUGACAGGAGAGAGUGGUUCUGUGUCUGUCUCUCAUCAUGACAGGAGAGAGUGGUUCUGUGUCUGUCUCUAAUCAUGACUGGAGAGAGUGGUUCUGGUCUGUCUCUCAUCAUGACAGAAGAGAGUGGUUCUGUGUCUGUCUCUAAUCAUGACUGGAGAGAGUGGUUCUGUGUCUUUGUCUCAUCAUGACAGGAGAGAGUGGUUCUGUGUCUGUCUGUCUGUCUGUCAUGACAGGAGAGAGUGGUUCUGUGUCUGUCUCUCAUCAUGACAGGAGAGAGUGGUUCUGUGUCUGUCUCUCAUCAUGACAGGAGAGAGUGGUUCUGUGUCUGUCUCUCAUCAUGACAGGAGAGAGUGGUUCUGUGUCUGUCUCUCAUCAUGACAGGAGAGAGUGGUUCUGUGUCUGUCUCACAUCAUGACAGGAGAGAGUGGUUCUGUGUCUGUCUCUCAUCAUGACAGACAGAGUGGUUCUGUGUCUGUCUCUCAUCAUGACAGGAGAGAGUGGAUCUGUGUCUGUCUCUCAUCAUGACAGGAGAGAGUGGUUCUGUGUCUGUCUCUCAUCAUGACAGGAGAGAGUCGUUCUGUGUCUGUCUGUCAUGACAGGAGAGAGUGGUUCUGUGUCUGUCUCUCAUCAUGACAAGAGAGAGUGGUUCUGUGUCUGUCUCUCAUCAUGAGAGGAGAGAGUGGUUCUGUGUAUGUCCCUCAUCAUGACAGGAGAGAGUGGUUCUGUGUCUGUCUGUCAUGACAGGAGAGAGUGGUUCUGUGUCUGUCUCUCAUCAUGACAAGAGAGAGUGGUUCUGUGUCUGUCUCUCAUCAUGACAGGAGAGAGUGGUUCUGUGUCUGUCUCUCAUCAUGACAGGAGAGAGUGGUUCUGUGUCUGUUUCUCGUCAUGACAGGAGAGAGUGGUUCUGUGUCUGUCCCUCAUCAUGACAGGAGAGAGUGGUUCUGUGUCUGUCAUCAUGACAGGAGAGAGUGGUUCUGUGUCUGUCUCUCAUCAUGACAGGAGAGAGUGGUUCUGUGUCUGUCUCUCAUUAUGACAGGAGAGAGUGGUUCUGUGUCUGUCUCUCAUCAUGACAGGAGAGAGUGGUUCUGUGUCUGUUUCUCGUCAUGACAGGAGAGAGUGGUUCUGUUUCUGUCUCUCAUCAUGACAGGAGAGAGUGGUUCUGUGUCUGUCUCUCAUUAUGACAGGAGAGAGUGGUUCUGUGUCUGUCUCUAAUCAUGACAGGAGAGAGUGGUUCUGGUCUGUCUCUCAUCAUGACAGAAGAGAGUGGUUCUGUGUCUGUCUCUCAUCAUGACAGAAGAGAGUGGUUCUGUGUCUGUCUCACAUCAUGACAGGAGAGAGUGGUUCUGUGUCUGUCUCUCAUCAUGACAGACAGAGUGGUUCUGUGUCUGUCUCUCAUCAUGACAGGAGAGAGUGGAUCUGUGUCUGUCUCUCAUCAUGACAGGAGAGAGUGGUUCUGUGUCUGUCUCUCAUCAUGACAGGAGAGAGUGGUUCUGUGUCUGUCUGUCAUGACAGGAGAGAGUGGUUCUGUGUCUGUCUCUCAUCAUGACAAGAGAGAGUGGUUCUGUGUCUGUCUCUCAUCAUGAGAGGAGAGAGUGGUUCUGUGUAUGUCCCUCAUCAUGACAGGAGAGAGUGGUUCUGUGUCUGUCUGUCAUGACAGGAGAGAGUGGUUCUGUGUCUGUCUCUCAUCAUGACAAGAGAGAGUGGUUCUGUGUCUGUCUCUCAUCAUGACAAGAGAGAGUGGUUCUGUGUAUGUCCCUCAUCAUGACAGGAGAGAGUGGUUCUGUGUCUGUCUGUCAUGACAGGAGAGAGAUGUUCUGUGUCUGUCUCUCAUCAUGACAGGAGAGAGUGGUUCUGUGUCUGUCUCUCAUCAUGAGAGGAGAGAGUGGUUCUGUGUCUGUCUCUAAUCAUGACAGGAGAGAGUGGUUCUGUGUCUGUCUCUCAUCAUGACAGGAGAGAGUGGUUCUGUGUCUGUCUCUCAUCAUGACAGGAGAGAGUGGUUCUGUGUCUGUCUCUCAUCAUGACAGGAGAGAGUGGUUCUGUGUCUGUCUGUCAUCAUGACAGGAGAUAGUGGUUCUGUGUCUGUCUGUCAUCAUGACAGGAGAGAGUGGUUCUGUGUCUGUCUCUAAUCAUGACUGGAGAGAGUGGUUCUGUGUCUUUGUCUCAUCAUGACAUGAGAGAGUGGUUCUGUGUCUGUCUGUCUGUCAUGACAGGAGAGAGUGGUUCUGUGUCUGUCUCUCAUCAUGACAGGAGAGAGUGGUUCUGUGUCUGUCUCUCAUCAUGACAGGAGAGUGGAUAUGUGUCUGUCUCUCAUCAUGACAGGAGAGAGUGGUUCUGUGUCUGUCUGUCAUGACAGGAGAGAGUGGUUCUGUGUCUGUCUCUCAUCAUGACAGGAGAGAGUGGUUCUGUGUCUGUCCCUCAUCAUGACAGGAGAGAGUGGUUCUGUGUCUGUCUCUCAUCAUGACAGGAGAGAGUAGUUCUGUGUCUGUCUCUCAUCAUGACAGGAGAGAGUGGUUCUGUGUCUGUCUCUCAUCAUGACAAGAGAGAGUGGUUCUGUGUAUGUCCCUCAUCAUGACAGGAGAGAGUGGUUCUGUGUCUGUCUCUAAUCAUGACUGGAGAGAGUGGUUCUGUGUCUUUGUCUCAUCAUGACAGGAGAUAGUGGUUCUGUGUCUGUCUGUCUGUCUGUCAUGACAGGAGAGAGUGGUUCUGUGUCUGUCUCUCAUCAUGACAGGAGAGAGUGGUUCUGUGUCUGUCUCUAAUCAUGACUGGAGAGAGUGGUUCUGUGUCUUUGUCUCAUCAUGACAGGAGAGAGUGGUUCUGUGUCUGUCUGUCUGUCAUGACAGGAGAGAGUGGUUCUGUGUCUGUCUCUCAUCAUGACAGGAGAGAGUGGAUCUGUGUCUGUCUCUCAUCGUGACAGGAGAGAGUGGUUCUGUGUCUGUCUGUCAUGACAGGGGAGAGUGGUUCUGUGUCUCUCAUCCUGACAGGAGAGAAUGGUUCUGUGUCUGUCUCUAAUCAUGACAGGAGAGAGUGGUUCUGUGUCUGUCACUCAUCAUGACAGGAGAGAGUGGUUCUAUGUCUGUCUCUCAUCAUGACAGGAGAGAGUGGUUCUGUGUCUCUCUCUCAUCAUGACAGGAGAGAGUGGUUCUGUGUCUGUCUCUCAUCAUGACAGGAGAGAGUGGUUCUGUGUCUGUCCCUCAUCAUGACAGGAGAGAGUGGUUCUGUGUCUGUCUCUCAUCAUGACAGGAGAGAGUGGUUCUGUGUCUGUCUCUAAUCAUGACAGGAGAGAGUGGUUCUGUGUCUGUCUCUCAUCAUGACAGGAGAGAGUGGUUCUGCGUCUGUCUCUCAUCAUGACAGGAGAGAAUGGCUCUGUGUCUGUCUGUCAUCAUGACAGGAGAGAGUGGUUCUGUGUCUGUCUCUCAUCCUGACAGGAGAGAGUGGUUCUGUGUCUGUCUCUAAUCAUGACAGGAGAGAAUGGCUCUGUGUCUGUCUGUCAUCAUGACAAGAGAGAGUGGUUCUGUGUCUGUCUCUAAUCAUGACAGGAGAGAAUGGCUCUGUGUCUGUCCCUCAUCAUGACAGGAGAGAGUGGUUCUGUGUCUGUCUCUCAUCCUGAUAGGAGAGAGUGGUUCUGUGUCUGUGGAUUCCCUGCAGUCCCAGGUGUCUCUGUCCAAGCUGUCCUCAGGGGCCACUUAUGAGGUCAGUGUGAUGUCCACCAUGGGGAAGAGAGAGAGUGAUCCCCUCACUGCCAUCAUCACCACAGGUACUGCACACUUACCUAGAUCACCAUUACAGUACAUCAUCAUGCAUUCUGCUUUGGACGUGUAGUGCAAAAUGAUCUAGAGUGCAUUUGCCUUUUUUUUACCCACAGUUUCAGUUGUCUUGCUCUGCAAUAUGACAACAAUUAAGUAUUUUAAAACAUGACAUAAAGGCAUCUUUUUUUUUCUUCAAAAUUCAUGAUGUACACCACAUUGUUUUUGGACUGCAGUGCCUGCCCCUCCAACCGUUCUCCAAGCAAUUAACAUAACAGACACCAAGGCAGUGCUGCAAUGGACCCCCGCCAUGGGAAAAGUAGACCUUUUCAUCCUCAGUUAUGAGUCUGCAAAAAGUGAGUGUGGUAUCAUUUCCUGAUGAAAAGAUAUAGUAAACAUAUAUACAGUAGUAUAACUAGUGGAGGCUGCUGAGGGGAGGACUGCACAUAAUAAUGGCUGGAACGGCGCAAAUGGAAUGGCAUCAAACACAUAGAAACCAUGUGUUUGAUACCAUUCCACUCAUUCCGCUCCAUCCAUUACCACGAGCCCGUCCUCCCCAAUUAAGGUGCCACCAACCUCCUAAGGUAUAUACAUACCAUGUACCAUAGCUAGUAUAACUACACCUGUACGAUGUACUGCAUACUGCUCUAUUCCCGUUCCAAGCUGUGAUUUAGUCUAAGUUGUGUUCCCUGUCCCUCCUCCCUCGUCUCUCCCACAGCUCCUAAUGUAACAGUGACAGUGAUGGUGUCUGGUAACUCAGUAGAGCACCAGCUGAGAGGGCUGCAGAGAGCCACCCUGUACACAGUCAAAGCCCUGAGCCAGAAAGACAGCCUGCAGAGCACAGCCAUCACUACCACCUUCACAACUGCCAGUGGUGAGUACAUAGGGGGAAAAACACACUGACAUGCAGAAAAUCACAUGUAACUACAGCAUAGAACCUCAAAGAUUUGAAGCUCAGAGAUACGGACUGACCGGUCAAAGUUACAAACAUUUCAGCGCGCCAAACGACCUCUAUUCCCGACAUGUUCAUAUUUCUGAGGUCAUAUUGUAUAUGGAAAAUAACCAGGACAGAAAGUACCUGUAUGUGUGAUGGUUUGUCCUUCAGCUGUAAAGGCCGGUGAGGUGGGCGCUCGUUCUGCUGUUGUAUCAUGGAAAGCCCCCAGUGUUGCAUUCAGUAACUAUAGAGUGACCUAUCAGACGGCAGGAGAGGAGGCCAAGGUGAGCUUUAUUCCUCGUAUGAUACUUGCUUGUACAUUCAUAUGUACUCAAUACCACAACUAUACUGCUACUACUGUAUAUAGUAUACCAAUGCUACAGAUGUAGGAUCUUAAUUUGAGCCAAUUUGCUACAGCAAGAAAAUAAUCCUGCCGCAACAGGAAAUGUGAAUUAUGUCUAUUAUAAUUAAUGGACAUUUUUAUAGGGGUUGAUACAUUUUUCGUAAGGGAAAAUCAAGCCUGAAAUUUUAAAGUGGAAAUUACAAACAUCAGAAGCCUUUUUAAACCUCAAAUACACUACAAUUUUAGAAUUUCUUAUCAAAUUAAGAUCCUGCAUCUGUAUACUAUGACUAGGUCCCAACUGACCAUAUUCCUAUAGUGCACUACUUUUGAACAGGACCCAUUGUCAAUAGUAGUACACUAUAUAGGAAAUAGGGCGCCAUUUAGGACACAUCCUAUAUGAGGUGAAACAACAGUACAUGAGGUAAAACAGUAAAAAAAAAAAAAAAAAAGCUGUUUCUCUGGUCCUCUGUCUUCCCAGGAGGUGAUUCUGGACUCCACGGUGACGGAGUACAAGCUGACUGGACUGUUCUCUAUGUCUAAGUACACGGUGCUGGUACAGGGAGAGAGAGAGGGACAGUACACAUCUAUUGUCACCACUGAGUUUAUCACAGGUAGGUGUUACAGACCAGCAGUGAAUUUCAAAAAGUAACUUUCCACAUUAAUCUCUCCAUUUCAUCAACUCAACGUACUGAGUUGACAUAACUUAACAUUUUAAGGCAGCGGGGUUAUUUAUCUUUUACAGAGAAUAUAGUACUUGUAUAGUAAUUGUGUCCCCUUGUCUCAGGAAAACUGCGCUUCCCGUUCCCCACGGAGUGUUCCCAGGAGCUGCUGAAUGGCGUGCUCCAGUCAGGAGAGGUGGAUCUAUACCCAGAGGGCAAGGAAGGGAAGACAGUCAGAGUCUACUGUGACAUGGAGACUGAGGGAGGCGGCUGGACGGUAAGAUACAUUCUCUCUCUCUCUCUCUCUCUCUCUCUCUCUCUCUCUCUCUCUCUCUCUCUCUCUCUCUCUCUCUCUCUCUCUCUCUCUCUCUCUCUCUCUCUCUCUCUCUGGUUUGAAUGGGAUUGAAUCAUCAGCUGAAUUUUAUUGGACAUAGUACGUGGGGGAAUGGUAGAAUGGCUAUAAAUGUGCACAUUUAUUUUCUAUGGUCAGUUUUCCAAUAUGAGCUUUGUGAAUGUCUUGCUUACUGUAGGUGUUCCAGAGGAGAAUGAACGGGAAGGCAGAUUUCUACAGAACCUGGAGUGACUACACCAACGGCUUUGGAAACCUCAGCGAGGAGUUCUGGCUCGGUAAGGUUUGGCUCAAUGCUGCUGAUCCACUCAAAGUCCUCAGAAAAGGACAAACAGGAAAGCGCAGAACUGUAGUUCAGGGUUGGGGUCAGUUCUAUUAGAAUUUCAGUAAAUUCAGGAAGUAAACAUAAAUUCCUCUUCCAAUUUUCUUUAAUGUUUCUCUAUGAGAAAAAUUUGAAAGGAAUUUCUGUCUACUUGACUGAAUAGAGGACAUGCAUAAAGAUUGCGGCCCCCAUGUACUUACCACAAAUGCCUAAUUUGCUAAGUUCGCCAUAUUAUCCCAGUGGUUUCCAUUAUUCUUGUUUGGUAUCUGUAUUAGCGUCAGUAAACUUGAUCCCAAUUCUAGCUCCAAGACAGCGGCAAUUUGGGGAAAAAUCCCAGGAAAAAGUAGAUUGUGCUGAUUAACUGGCACAUUGAGCCAUGUCGCGCCACGUAGUUUAAAAACUCUGUGGGUAAUGCUAAAACAAUGACGGCAUAUCUGAAUUCCUCCUUCUUUAUGCACCCUCGCUAUUGAAAUGGAAUUGACCCCAGCCCUGCUAAGUGCAUCAAAAGGGAGGCUACUACCAAAGCUUACAGUAUGUACUCUACAGCUCACAGUUUGAACAUACAGUAUAUGUUUUAAAUAAUGUCCUAAUCUUCUCUCUCUAUUUUUAAUCCAUCCAUCCAGGUAAUGAGCUGCUUCACAACCUGACCAGCAUGGGCCCAGUGACCCUGAGAGUGGACCUAGGUUCAGGCAAUGAUACGGCCUAUGCCCACUACUCCAGCUUCACCAUCGACUCAGAGGCCAAACACUACGCCAUCGAGGUGUCUGGCUACACUGGCACUGCAGGUAAGAGGGGAGGGAUGGAGGGGAAACAGAAGACUGAUGAGAAAGGAAAAUAAUUUCCAUGUACACUAGCCAAGAUAGAAUGUGAGGACAGAACCUAGCAAAGCAGGUGCUUAAGGUUGAGGAACCAAAACUCAAAUAGGCUCACAAACAAAUAUUCAAUUUGAGGUCAAUCACCUUCACAUAAGUCACAUUUUCACUAAAGUGAAAUUUUGUCUAAAGUGGAAGGUAGGAUUCGGCCCUCCCUCUACAAAUCCUGAAUGAUCCUUCUUUCUUUAUUCCCCAACACGUCUAUAAGGUGACUCCAUGAGAUACCACAACGGGCGCCCAUUCUCCACCAGAGACAAGGAACCCCACCCCCUGGGCAUCCACUGUGCCAGGGCCUACAUGGGCGGCUGGUGGUACAAAAACUGUUACAAGACCAACCUCAACGGCCUCUAUGGCACCAACAGCAACAACCAGGUACGACUAGUAUCAGUAUCAUCCCACUAAGUGCUUCUCUCGUCAACUCUCAUUGCUUUGACAUUUUGAUUAUAAACACUGCACCACAUCUUGAGUGUUUCAAUUUUAACCAUAGAGAAUGAUAGAGGACUCUUCUUUGUGUCUGUCCAAUUAUGGUGUCUGUGAGCGCACGGGCAGCACCGUUGAGGCCAUCUCCAUUUUGAAGUGGUCCAUUUUCUUAUUCUACUACUUAUAUGAGUUGGUAAACAAACUGAAAGGGUGCAUACUGCCACCUGGAGUGUGUUGUUUGAACUGGCGUAAAGCCAAGGUUGACGAUUUACUGCGACCUGCAGUUAUGGAAUGUUUGCUCACGUAUAAUUCAUUGGCUGAUCUUUCCUGAUGACCCAGAUGGAAUUAUGUGAUCCUUCAUUAACCCAUAGGAAGUCCCACCCAGUUGACUACUUCAAAAUGGUGACAUUUCUCAAAGGCGCUGCCCCAUGCUAAAACAGGCUUUUUGGCAUUAGUCCUCUAUCUAUCUCUAUGAUUUGAACAGACUUCUUAUUUGAAGUUGUAUUAACUCCUAUCAACUCCUAUCAACUAAUGUAACUGAAUUUAAGUUUUGUCAACUCAACUUAAUCUACUAAAUUAACGUAACCUAACAUUUUAAGGCAGCACAGUGUUUUAUCUUUUUAAGUUAAAUAAACAACAAAAAAACGUUUUUUUCUGUCAACUGUGACUUAACUGCAUGUGCUGUGUUACAGGGUGUGGUGUGGAUAGACUGGAAAGGCAAAGACUCGUCCAUUCCCUUUACUGAGAUGAAGUUCAGACCGGCCGGGUUCUCUGUUACAACCCACGGCUAAGACUGUCCUCUGACUCGCCCACCCCUAAAACCCUUCCUUUGAGAAACAGAGAAAUGGAGCGCCAAGAGACCAUAAACGUGUGGAUGGCACACUUCCUGCAUCUCAAAUUCUGCCUCACCUUGCAUGUCCAGUGGUCCUAACAGCCGUCACGACAGACAGCUUAUCAGUCUGUACUUGUACUGUACAUUGCAGUGCACCAGGCUCCUGCUCUGUACCUUUAUCAUGCUGUCUCUCUCACUUGUACUAGUAGACAGAAAAUAUUUGUGAUUGCAGCAUUUUGUAUUGUACUGUUUUGUUUUAUGACCCAACUCUUACCGUCUCAAACUCAAUGAUUGUUCUACUGUUUGACCCCAAAGCAUCUCUAACUGAUGCACAUGACACAGGUAUUGUUCUGACCCCAA